AUGCAACGCGUACAGCGUUUCGCCUUCUUGACUGGGUAAGUGCUUUAUUUCUGUUUUUGGUUUUUAGGUUGUACUCUUUGUAUUUAAACCAUCUAAAUUUUGUGUUUAGUCGUCGUCUGAUGUCUUCUGGACCCGGUGAUGGAGCUGGCAAAGGUGGCGGCUCAGGUGGAUCUAUCCGUGAUGCCGGAGGUGCUUUCGGUAAAUUGGAAGCUGCUCGUGAAGAUGAAUACUUCUACAAGUUGGUAUGUGUUUGAAUUUACGUUUGUAGGUAUCAGCAAACUGAAAGAUUUUGUAUACGUUCAUUACAAUUUUAAUGUAUGUAUCUUUUAGAAUAACUAAAGGCUUUAGAAGCUUAAUUAACGUUUUUUAAAUGAUACAACUUUUAGUUGUUUUGAAGAGCAAUUCUCAAAUGACUUCAGUGUGAUAAAAUUAUAGUGACCGUUCAAUUUGAAACUUCAGCAUUUAAACUAUUUUUUUCAGCAACGUGCUCAACUUAAAGAACUUAAAGGCCAGCUAGCCCGUGAAAUCGAACAUCACGAAGCCCAGGCUAAAAACCACUCCGAAGUCAUCGAACGUCACAAGAAACGAAUUGCUGAACUCGACAGCGAGGAAAAGGGUCUGAAGAAAUAA